GCUGCUCCUGACGUCUCCCCCCUCCCCAUCCGAGGCAGCUCCGGGUUCGGCGCGGGUUGGUGGCAGCAGGCAGGAACCUCGCCUUUCCCCCCACCCAGGCGGACCAGCAGUCGCUCCUCUCGGACUAGAGGCGAGCCGGACGCCCCGAGAAGGAUCUCGCCAUGACCGCGUCUAUGAGGCAGAGAUUCGACAAGUUCCUGCACGAGAAGAAUUUCCUGACCAGCGUUCUGGAGAAAAUCGAGAGCAGGACUGGGGUGAGCAGGUCCUACGUCGCCCUCGCCCUUGUUGGUGUGCUGGCCAUCUAUCUGGUGAUUGGCUACGGAGCAUCCCUGCUCUGCAACUUGAUCGGCUUCGCUUACCCUGCCUACAUCUCCAUCAAGGCCAUUGAAAGUCCUAACAAAGACGAUGACACACAGUGGCUGACCUACUGGGUGGUGUAUGGCAUCUUCAGCAUAGGAGAAUUUUUCUCUGACCUCUUUCUCUCCUGGUUCCCUUUCUACUACAUGAUGAAGUGUGGUUUCCUGUUAUGGUGCAUGGCCCCAAGUCCCUCAAAUGGAGCAGAGUUCCUGUACCACCGAAUUAUCCGCCCUUUCUUCCUGAAGCAUGAGGCACAGCUGGACAGUGUAGUGAAGGAUCUGAAAGACAAAGCUGCAGAGACAGCAGAUACAAUUACUAAAGAAGCCAAAAAAGCAACAAUAAAUCUAUUAGGGGAUGAAAAGAAAAGCACCUAAAACUGGAAAAUAAGUUUCCUCAUCACUUCCCUUAACGCAGCUUGAUAUUACUGGGGACUGUGAUAUAGUGAUUUGAAUAAUGUUGCCUUGGAAACUGUUUUUUAUUUAAUAAAGGAAUGUGUUUUUAAAGUUGCUUGCUCUUUUGCAGUUUGCUGUAUUAAAAGUAAGCAUUUUUAUGUCAAACCAGUGCCGUGGGUGGUAUCUAAUGCUUAUACAGGUUAGUUUGUCUCCUAAGCAAAGAACAGUCUUUCAGUAAUGUCUUGUCAUGUGGUUAAAGUAAUCUUAAAUAAAAUAUCCCCCAGGCUGUGACUAUUACACUUCAUGCAUGCAAUGUCUGUCUGUUACUAUUUGACUGGUUCCCGCUGUAAUGUACAGUUUUAUAUCAAAAUGUGAUAAUGGUGAUUUUCAUGCAAGGGCACGUGUGCAUAUGCAGGGAAUAAUGACCAGAAGGACACGUGUUAAUGAGUAUUCCCCCUCCCCACACAUAACAAUAUUGUUAACAGUGAAGGCAGGUGAUGGUGUAGAACCACUGAUAUUGUUUGUUGUUGCACAUACCACUUGUAACUUGCAGCGUUUUGGUAGAUGUGUAUGUGGGAGUUGUCCUUAAAACACAGAGUCAAACACUUUGCGGUUGUUGACGACAUACUGUAAACUUGUUUGCCGGAGUUGGAUGCACUGAUCAGCAGCUGAUAACAGAGGAACAGAAGAGGGGAGCAUUGCCCCGAUACUCUGUAGAGUCCUAUCCUACUUCAUGGCACAGGCUGAGCAGUGUGAAAUGCCUGUCUUGUCAGGUGACUCCCAGUUACGUUGCAGCACAGGCAUGGCCUCAGCCAAGGUUUCCCUCCAAAGUGGUACCUGAAACUGCAUUCUGCUCUUUGUGGAAGUUUCAUAAUGUGACCUCUAUCAGAUCAGGUGCUCUUCAACCUUGUCUACUGUUCACGCCAGGCCUUAAGCCUUAGUCUUCUAUUGGAAGUACAUGGCAUAAAUGGGGAGCAAUUGUCUUACAGAGAGAAGCAGGUAGGAUUGUCCCCUGUCAUGAAUGUGGUAGUAAUACUGUUAACUGGAAAAUAUUGAUUUGUUCCCUAAUGGCUCAUGAUUUUUUCUGAAGUUAGACUUUUUAUUUUUAAAAGCAUCUCCGACUGUAUAUUGUUGUCUCCUGCUUGAUUUAAAAUGAGACAGAGUCUCUGUGUAGCAUUUACCAAUUGCCAUGGGGGUUGCAGGGAAUCAUAGUCCCUGAAUUAUCAGAAAGAACUAAAACAGUCCUUCCAAAUCCUUGUUCGCAGCAAAAUUGGAUUGACAAACCAAAGCCCCCCAUUAUUCGUUGGAGGGGCACUAUUUCAGUCCAUGAGCAAAUAUUUAAAAACCUGCAUUGC